AUGUCCCAUGUUACAGAUGGAGCGCUGUCGAGAAAAGGGGAAGCAGAGAGAGAGAGAGAGAGAGAGAGAGUGCUGUAGAAAAGGGGAAGCCGAGAGAAAGAGAAAGCGCGGGAGAAGAAGGGGAAGCCAUUGAUCAAGAAAAAAAAGUGCAGAGAAGAGGAGAUAACCAACAAACUAGAGAAGAAGCAUCUAAAGAUUGUGUUGGAGGUCUUGCGCAAAAAUCAACUCUUUGCUAAGGCAAGCAAGUGUAUGUUGGGGAACAGUAAAGUCAACUACUUGGGACACAUCAUCUCAAAAGAUGGAGUUGCAGUCGACCAACAAAAUCCAAAGCAUGGUGAAUUGGCCGAAACCCACAUCUCUUCAGGCUUUAAGAGGAUUUUUAGGCCUAACAGACUAUUACCGGAAGUUUAUUAAGGGGUAUGGGAAAAUUGCAGCCCCCUUAAUUGCUCUAUUAAAGAAGAAUGCUUGGGGAUGGAAUCAUGGUGCAGAUCAAGCCUUCCAACAGCUCAAGACAGCCAUGACGCAUGCCCCAGAGAGAGAGCGAGUUUCCUAAGCAAUGAAGGAGUUUCGUGUUAAUGGCAGCACUCUGACCCUUGCCCUUUUCACCCAAGCUACCAACAGCAAGGAACUUCUAGAAUCUAUGCAAGCUGGGACUCUCGAACCAGAAGUAGCAUUUCUCAAUGCAUCACUUAUACCAGAUGUUUUCCCUGUUCUGGCUGCUGCCCACAAAACCAUCUUAGCGAAAUCAAGGGAUAUGUUGACUACACGAACUCUUCAUUCAGAGCUUGUCUAUAAUUACUCAGGAUCUAAACAUAUCACUGAGUCUUUAAAGAGAUGUGGAAUUUCUGAGGAUUCAAGCUAUAUCUUGGCUGCCCGUUUUGAUGCUUCACCAGAUGAGUUGACAGCUAUAGAAAAGCUUAUCCAUGGAAAAAAGAUCGAUCUUGAUGAGUUAGAAGGACGAGCAAACAAGGCCCAAAUUCAAAAGCAUUACAAGAUUUCGGGCCAGGAGUUGGGAAUAUCCUCAUUGGCAGAUGCAAUCGCAUGUCGUAUUGCUGCAAGAGAUGCGUUAUGAGCAAUUUCAUUCCAGGCAACAGAUUUAUGUUUUACUUUCUCCUCUUUUCUUUUGGGUGUUCUCUCUUUGCUUGAGGUCUCAGGAAUAUGUAUACAAGAACUGGGUAUUUACUCUGGUUCUUUUGGGACUGUAAGGUUAGACUUUCUUUUACGGUUGUCAAAUUUAAAAUUUGAAAGAGAAACGGAUGGUUGUCAAAUUUAAAAUUUGAAAGAGAACUGAUGCAUGCUUCUUUGGUUU